CCUUGAAGACUCACCACCAAAAUAUGACACUGUCCUCAACGUGAGCUGCACUCACGGAAUCAUCCAUGUACACACCCACAUACGUACUUCAUUACAUACAGAGGUUCUGAUAAGGAGGGAAAUGGCAUGUCUCGUCACUGGCCCCAUAUCGCUGCCUGUGGAGGCUGGCAUCAGGGCCAGCUGAUGCCACAGCAGAUCUGAGAAGUGCAGACAUGCAACUCAGCACUGCACCUACAGUGGGUCGCAGGAGGAGAGGAAAUCCGGACAGCCAAGGUCUACUAGGUGUGCUGAGUGUGUGUGCUACGUUACUGCAGUUAUGCGCUGGCUGUCCUUCAGAGUGUGUGUGUAACUCACUGGAAGCUAACUGCAGUGGACGGAGUCUAGUAUCUGUGCCCGCACUCACUUCUCUCCCGGAGGGCACACAUACCCUCCUUCUGGCCAAUAACCGCCUCUCCUCCCUUCCGGUCUCUGCCUUCGCCAACCUAAGCACCCUGGAGACACUCGACCUGUCCAAUAACUAUCUGGACAACCUGCCUUCCAGACUGUUCCGUGAGCUGAGUAACCUGAGCGAUUUGAGUUUGCGUAACAACAGCCUGACGGUUUUGGAUCGCGAGUUAUUUCGCGGUCUGACCCAUCUGCGGAGACUGGAUCUGUCUCUGAACGGCUUGGCCGCUGUGCCUCUGGGCCUGCUGGAUGAGCUGCAAGGGCUGACCUGGCUCUCCUUGGCUGGGAACAGACUUCACGCCCUGGAGAGAGCCACAUUUGAGCCUCUCGCCAACCUUCAGCACCUGGAGCUGGGCAUGAACCCCUGGGAGUGUGACUGCAACCUGAGAGACUUCAAACACUGGAUGGAGUGGCUGAUAUAUCGAGGCGGUAAUGUCGAUGCCGUUGAGUGUACACUUCCAAAGGACUUAAGGGGUCGUGACAUCAGGGGCGUUCCUGUGGAGAUGUUCAACUACUGUCUGCAAUUGGAGGAUGAGAAUGGGGGCAGGGCUGGGAGCACAAAGGGUGGAUCUCCACCAUGUUUUCGAGGGACAGCCACUCCGUCGUCUGAAGGUGCAGUGGUGCGUACAGAGGCAGAACUACCAGACUGUGUAAAACAGCGUUAUCGACCAGUCAGUGUUCGCAGGGCGAUCGGUACAGUAGUGAUCGCUGGUGUGGUCUGUGGAAUCGUGUGUAUUAUGAUGGUAGCUGCUGCAGCGUAUGGCUGCAUUUAUGCGUCUCUAAUGGCAAAAUACCAGCGAGAGCUAAAGAAGAGGCAGCCAUUGAUGGGUGAUGCUGAGGCAGAAGCCGACGCGGAGGAGAAACAGAUCUCAUCAGUUGCAUAGGGGAAUGGGGGAGAGGGGUCAGAGGUCAGCCACAAAUAUAAAGAACACUUUACUGGUUGAGCUGCACAUUUGAUGAUCAUUUAGCUGACCAGCAGAAGAUUCAUCAUCCCUGUUUCCUGUCUCUCUGUCCUUCCUGAGACCCUCUCUGACUCUCAGACUUACACUUUACUCAAACUCUAAACUUUGGCCUGUGACCUUUGACCUAUUUGCCCCAGGACAAGAGGGACCACUCAGCACUUUAGAACUCCCCCACCCUCCUCCAAUGUUGAGAGGAUCUCAGCAGAGGAGGUGUGGAUGCAGCUGUUCACAGUUCUGAACCCUGAUGUUUCUAGAGGAUCAUGUGCUGUCAUUAGCAUUAGCCUCUGUAGCAGCCUAACCAUCAACCCAAACCUCCAAAUCAUAACUCUAAUCCCAACCCCAAUCCUAGACCUUUAACUCUAAUCCCAACCUCUCAAACCUAAUCCAAACCCCCAACUCUAACCCUAACCCUUUAUACUAACCCCAACCAUAACCAUCACCUCUAACACUGUCUACACCGGGUCGCACAUGCAAGUGGCACAUCACAUCAAAAGCCAGUAACACUCAUUAUAAUAAAUACUGUCUACAAUGGAUACAUUCUGAUGCAUUGCACCGUAAAUUGAUGCCCCAAUUUCUGACAUACUACAUGGGCUUUUUCUACUUCGACAAAAGGACAAAUUGAUUUGGAAUGUUGACUUUAAGUGUUGACUCAUGUAAACAGCCUCAAUCUUGUCAACCGAUGUGCUUGGUGUAGACAUGGUGUAAUCCUAAACUUCCAACUAUACUACCAAGCCUAACCUAAAACUUCCAGUUCUACUCCCAAACCUUAAUCCUAAACAUACAACAGUAACCCCUACCCUUACCAAAAACCUCCAUCCUUAAUCUAAGUCCCCAACCCUAAACCUCCAACAGUAACCCCUACCCUUACCAUAAACCUCCAUCACUAAUGGAGGUGGCUAUUGGAACCCCCAACUCUAAUCCUAAGCACCCAACACUAAUCUAAACCCCCAACCCUGAACCUCCAACACAAAUCCCUACCCUUACCAAAAGACUCCAUCACUAAUCUGAACCCACAACCAUAAACCACCAAAGGGAAUCUCUACCCUUACCAUAAAUCUCCAUCACUAAUAUGAACCCCCAACUCUAAACCUCCAUCCCUAAUCCAAACAUCCAACUCUUACCCUAAACCUUCAACUCUACUCCCAACCCAAACAUUAAACCUCCAAUACUAACUCUAACCCCCAGCACUCACCUCCAACCUUAAUUGUAACCCUUAACUUGGGUUGUAAGUUAAGGGUUACAAUUAUAACCCUUGUAACCCCAGUGUGAACUGAACAUCAUAACCCCCACAUAUCAUAUUUGAAAUAUUCCCACCUUAUUUAUCAGCUAUAAUAUAUUCUAUACAAUGUGAUGUGACCCCAGUUUUAUGUUUUAAGUGUGAGGUUUGUCCUUUGUAUUGUGUGAAAAAAAUUUGUGUUGAUGACAUUGUUUUGUUUGUUUACUGUUUGCUGUUUCUCCAUGUUCAUCUCUAGAGGUCAGAUGUGUUUUUGUAAGACUAGAAGAAUCCAGCCCUGGUGUCUGUCGUGAAGUGUCUUGAAGUAUCGUGAAGUGCUAAUGUAGAGCAGGCUGAAGACUCUGUUGAUGUUAGUGGAGGGUGGCAGAUCGUGGCUAUUGGAACUGUUAAUUACACCUUGGUGGCUAAAGAAGCACAGUGGCCCUAUAUGAUAGCUGCCCUCAAAACAAAAACAGAAAGACAAUAGCUGAGAAGGAAAUAAAAAGGAUAAGAAGGAUAGUAUAAUAAGAUAUAAGCUAUAAGAAGGAUAGUAUUUUAUGUGCAAUAUAAAUCAAUGUCUUUCUUGAUCUGUUGUUUAAUUCUGGACUAGUAUGUCAUAGCUGAUUUAGUCUGAUCUUUUCUCUUGGGCUGGCGAUGGAGGAGAAUCGAUUGCGCCUGUGUGAUCAAUCUUCUGCUUGUGGGCCAAUUUGCAUAAUCCGCUUUCCCUUGAGGGCAGAAGUUGUUUAGACUAAAUAAUUCAGACAUAUUUGACUUGAGCUUUCAGAAGCCAACAGAUAUUAUCAAUAUAAGCUUUUAUGCGGCAAAUCAACCGCAGCGACUGGAUGAAAAAGGGAAAGAAAGACUGUCAGAAACUAGCGGCACACUGUAACCAACAUAUUCAUUUCCUCAGUAUUACUGAAAAUGUUGAAUCCGAAAAUAAUGUUGCUAAUAAUGUCAAGAGUAACAUCAUCAUUGGGUGUCUUGCACAAUGCUGCCAUCUAUAGGAAGGAUGUGCAGUAGGCACAAGGGUAUGGAGCCAAUAUCACACCACCUCAUCAGGAUUUAGGAGAUGCUCUUCCGUUGUAACUAUAGCAACAGUCUUUCCCACACACUAUUCAUUACCAAUGCAAAUUACUGGUAAGGUUGCUGGCAAAAAGUUGUAAAUCAAAAGUACAACUAAUUUAUGUGCGAAUACCCACACCAGCAGUUAAGCAUCUAGGACUUUGUCUCUGUGUUCAGUGAUAUUUGCAGCCAUAUGCUGAGUAUAUAUAAGUACAGCUAUACAUUUAUUCAAAUGUAUGUUGAAUAUAUGUAUAUAUUUUAAUCUGUGUCUUACAAAUUAUUUAUAAACAAUAACUUGAUUGCAAAAAUUUAGUAUACUUUUCCCUGUGUUUCCUGUGCAAACUCCUUUUGUAGAGGAACUCUUAAAAAUUCUCUGUCAGAGAAUUCAGAGAAAACUCAUGCAUUAUUAAUGAGAGGAGUUUCGACUAAUGGCUGCGGUCUCUCGUGCCAUUACUGUUCAUUUAGCUCUUAUUUUAUACAGCAUGUGUCAAAGGCCUGUACUCUGCACGGGGCGACAAAACACGUACCCUGUAUGCUCUGUUAUGAAAAAAAAAAGAAAAAAGACAAAAGCACUUUUGCCACUGGUGGACUAAUACUUUCCUGUCAAAUUGAACUUAUUGCAAAUGUUCUCAAAAGGGAGCACAUGCUUGUUUAUUGACAAUGUCAGCAAUGCGCUUUAUCUGAAUAUUAGCCGACAGAGCAGUCGUGAUGUAAU